ACCUGUAGGUUUGUUCUAGUGUUUCUGGUCGGGAGGUGGUGUCACAGAGAAACACAGACACACCAAGGUCAGCUCACAUACUAAACUGUGUGAUAGUUUCAUUUGCAGCAAUCGGCUCCCAGGCAGUUAUUGUACCUUAAUACGGAAUGAAUUAAUUCACAAACUUUUGCCAGGGCAAUGUCUGAAAGUAGAAAGGCCGCUGCACUCUCCUGUUUUGAUGUCAACUUUGUCUUUAACCCGGUGGAAUCGUGUCCUCAACCGAGUCAAACCACAUCGAGCUGUCCACUGACCGUGAACUCCGACACAUAUAAAGUCAUUUAUUCCCUUUAGGCUUUUUGGUGCAAGUUUAGUCAACUCACCAGAUCGAUGCUGCGUGGAGUCUGUCUGAAAGGCUGCAAUUAAUUUGUGGAUCGAUUGGGCACUUGGAAAGCAUUCCACUUUGUACAAUUAAUGCGAGGAUGGAGGAGUGUGUUCUGCCCGAAUUGAAGGAGAUAGAGAGCAAGAUGGGACGGAAAAUUCCUGAGAGCCUGCUGCGGUCACUGCGGGAGAAGCAGCAGGGCCCGUACAAGGAAGAGAAAGUCGCUCUUUCUAACACGGGGACACUAACUAACUGCAGCGCGCUGGAGAGACUGGAGACUAAGAUUCAGAUAUUGAAGAGAGACAUGGCUCGCCUCAGGGCAAUUGAUGUCAAAUUGAUGCAUCAGUUAUUGUCCAUAAAUGAAGGUAUUGAAUCGAUCAAGUGGAUAAUAGAGGAGAAAGGCAACAUGACGAGCAGGGGGAGCAGCUUGACGAGCAGUCUCUAUAGCUUGGCAGAAAGCCAGAGCACUUCACUCCAAGGCAGCUGGAACAGCCUGCAAGAUGGCAGUGAUGGGCUUGAUGAAAUCUCAGUGGGAAGUUACCUGGACACACUGGCUGAUGACUUGCCAGGUGACUACACACCUUCUGACCUCGAUCCCUUCUCAGAUGAAUGUGUAACAACAGAUUCACUUAACACUGAAUCUAUCAAUAAAGAAUCCAAAGAUGACUCUGACGAUGGAUAUUAUUGUUUUGGAUAAAUUAUGUGAGAAUAAAAUAUUUUUCUGUAUCUGCAAA